AUGACCACGUCGCUGCUGCUGCUGCUGCUGUACUCGCACUGGGCCGAGCCGCCGGGGGUGUUCGUGUACGACUGCGGCCCGGAGGAGACAAACAUGGACGGCUUCCCGGGAGGCAACUUCGCGCCAAGCCAGUGUCGGAAUUUGCUGGCGCAUCCUGCCUCCUCCUACGGCGGCGGCGGCGGCGAGGUGGCCGUGUCCGGUGCGGGGGAGCCGGGGAAGCAAUGCAGCCCGUGUUCCUCCCCCAACGCGUCCUUCCCGUACGGAUACUUGGGCAGCGGCUACUACCCCUGCAGGGUGAGCCACAAGGCCUGCGCGCAGCCGUCCUCGUACGCCGACAAGUGCGUGGACGCGUCCGUGGCCGGCGAGGACUUCUCCAACCGGGCCAAGGAGUUCGCCUUUUACCAGGGCUACUCCCCGGGCCCGUACCAAGGCGGCUACUUGGACGUGCCGGUGGUCCCCGCGCUGAGUGCGCCCUCUGAGGCCAGACAUGAGCCGCUCAUGCCGGUGGAGACCUACCAGUACCAGCCCUGGUCCAUCACCAGCGGCUGGAGCGGCCAAGUGUACUGCAAGGAGCAGCCUCAGGCCAACCCCCUCUGGAAGACCUCCUUGCAAGACAACUCUUCUGGAGGAGGAGACCCCCACGUGCGCCGUGGAAGGAAGAAGCGUGUUCCUUACACCAAAGUGCAGCUGAAGGAACUAGAGAGAGAAUAUGUCAGCAAUAAAUUCAUCACCAAGGACAAAAGAAGGAGAAUAUCUGCUCAGACGAACCUGACAGAGAGACAAGUGACAAUCUGGUUUCAGAACCGGCGCGUAAAGGAGAAGAAAGUCGUGAAUAAAUUCAAGGGCUCCUGUUAGCUCCUCGUCCUGCUUUCUUCUUCCCGAAUGGACACACGGACACGAUGACUUCAUCACAAAUAAAUAUUACUUUGUAAUUUAUUACCUUAACUUUUGUCGCCAGUGUGCCUCCUUUUUGCUGGCCCUCCUCCUGGCGCCUUCUAAUGAAACAGCCCACAAGGAGCAGAACUGGUAGUUGCAGAAACACCACAUCAUUCAUUAGGCUUUCAUUCACUGCCUUCCAAUGCAGAAAGUCACAAUAUUGUAUUUAAAUGAAAUUAACAUUGUGCAGAUUUAUAUUUAUUUAGUUAAAGAAUCCACCAAUUUAUGCCACAAUCUGUA